AUGGCUCAUAGAAGUGAACGAGAUAUAAAAUCCCUGGCGCGGUUUGAAAAAGUCCAAUGUCUCGGGAUAAUGUUCAUAAUUCUUCCUGGAUAUUACUGGGUCGGGAUGAUCGUUGCCUUACCCAAGCUGCUACAACUGUCCUUCAUAAGUCGCUGCACAUAUUAUCUCCACAGCAUCUUCGGAACGUACUGUUUCAUCAACGUUGCUGGCAACUUGAUGCUCAGCUAUCUCACCGAUACCCGUUUGAAGGAUUACCACGGACCAGGUACUUACUGCCAAUACUGCAAACAGAACAGACCAGCGGAAACAUGGCAUUGUAAGGUGUGCAAUGCUUGCAUUAUUCGGAGAGACCACCAUUGCUGCUUCUUGGCACACUGCAUUGGACGCAAAAAUAUCCGUUACUUCAUCUGUAUGCAUGGACACUUAGCGCUUUCUAUGGCUUAUUGCAUGUACUACAAUUUCUUAGUUAUAUAUUCAGAAUUUAAUUUUAUUUCCUUUAUGCAAACUGUGCUUAUAAUUUUGAAACCCUAUUUAAUAUACAACGUGCCUAACCCGCCAGAUUUUGAAGACACCUUAAUUGUAUUAGUUUGGUUGGUUGAUUUAUUAGUUUUACCGUCGUCGAUGUAUUUUUGUUUCGUUCACUUGAGGAAUGUUGUGCAAGGAGUGACUGCUAAUCAAUAUUUAAAAGGGAAGGCUCCAAGCAAGGCUCUAUUGACCAGUAAAUUGGAGUACGUUUUUGGUACAAGAUGGUACUUAGCCAUGUUUUGGCCUUUCGUGGACAGUCCUCUGCCUGAUAAUAUUUUACAGAUAGAUUAA